GGAUUGUAUGGCGGAAUUCUUGAUGACCGUAAAUCAGCGCGUUACAUGAAGCUGGGCUUUAUGAAGGUCCCUUUCCCAAAGAUCCUCAUAUCUCUCUAUCUUGCACUGUUCGCCGAGCCUCAAGUUUAAAUCCUCGUCCAAGAGAUAGUUGGCAGCCCCUUAAAAUGGGUGAUGGGCAGCGAAAGUUCACUUUCAAGUCCCUCAAAAGCACUCCAAAAGCGAAUACUCCGCACAUUAAUAGCCCAGUAUGUAUUGGAAUUUCUAAUUAAACCUCUCAAGGGACCCAGUGUUCCACUGCAUAGACCACUUUUCAAUACCUCUUCUAACUCGCAAGGAUACAAAGAUGAUAUUUCCACGAAAGUUUCAGCCAAGUUUCUUCCUACAGCUACAGUUACCCCACUUAGAAACAAUGGUGUGGCAAGAUCUCCAUCUCCUGAUCUUGAAGUUUCUGCCCAUGAAGAAUCAUUAGAAGUUCCAUCUCCUUCCUGGUUUGACGAAGUUGAACCGAUAGGAAAUGCUAGUUCUACAUCUGUGCAAGACCCACCACUCACUAGCCUACCGGAUCAAGCAUCACCAGUGCCUGUUAUUCCCGAGACUUCUAGUUUAGUGUCUUUGACUUGUGUUAAAGGUGUAUCUAAACCAUGUGUUCAAGAUGAUUCUCUAACCGCCCAAACAUUCUGCACCGAAAAAACAAAUUUAGAAUCUGCUGAUGACUUUGUUCGAGUAUCUAGAUCAUUUUACACUUCCAUCUGUAAAGCGUGUGACUUAUUGGAGAACUUACCCAUGAACAAACUGAUGUGUUGUUUUGGGGAUGAAUUAUCCGUAAUAACGAAAUUACUGCAUGAGAGAAGUUCAAAUCCAACCAUUCUGAGCAGUUGUCAACCAUCAAGAACGUUGAAAAAACCAGCUAGUUCAAUUUCUCCUGCAUUCACAUCUGAUCAGCGCACUUGGAGCGCGAAUAAUUCUGAAAAGACUAUGAUUGGUGUUACCCCACGUAAAUUCGGGAAUAUCUUGUCCGAUGAUGACAGUUGGACCAACGUGAGUAGCGACUCACCACGAACUAGGGCUCUGUCGGAUGUUCCUAUAAAGUGUUCAAGUAUAAAAAAGUCAGUCGUUGCACCUAAAGUUGCUGAUGACUGCACUAGACGGAAUUCGACUAUGACUUUUGAUUCUGGUGAAGGAAGUGUUUUUCUACCACUCCAAGCUCAAUCUAAGUGGGAUAUCCAGACCCACUGUGAUGAUCAGUAUAAUCAACCAGAUGAUGGCUCCACAGGAGAAUUCGAUGGAGAAGAUCGAUUUCCUCAUUCUAAACGCAUGAUGGAAGCAUUCUCAAAAAUGUUUGGUCUACGAUCCUUCAGGCGGAAUCAACUUCAAGCAAUUAAUGCAGCUCUUCUUGGCCGUGAUUGCUUUGUAAUCAUGCCCACCGGUGGCGGAAAGAGCCUGUGUUAUCAACUUCCAGCUGUUGUACAGUCUGGUUUAACAAUAGUAAUUUCUCCCUUGAAAGCACUAGUGUUGGAUCAAGUUACAAAACUGCAGUCACUUGGUGUCUCAGCGGCUCAUUUGACAGGUGAGGCCACUCUGUCCGAAAGUGAUCAAGUAUAUACUGCUUUGCAUAUGGCCAAUCUCCGCUUAAAGCUUCUUUAUGUUACCCCAGAGAAAAUUGCUGCUUCGGAUAAACUGAAAGGAUGCCUAGAACAGUUGUACAAACGUAAACGCUUAGAUCGUUUUGUAAUCGAUGAGGCGCACUGUGUUAGUCAGUGGGGUCACGAUUUUAGACCGGAUUAUAGAAAUUUAAACAUUUUACGAACCAAUUUUCCAGACGUACCGAUGAUGGCCAUGACUGCUACAGCUACACCAAAAGUUCGUAGAGAUAUUCUCCUUCAGCUUAAGAUGACAAAUACUAAGUGGUUUAUUCAAAGUUUCAACCGUGGUAACUUGAGAUUCGAGGUCAGACCAAAAAAGCUUAAAAAUUGUACAAAAGAAAUUAUUGAUGUUAUACGUAAUGAGUUUCCUAAACGAUCAGGAAUCGUUUAUUGUCUAUCACGUCGUGAAUGUGAUGUCGUAGCUGAGGAGCUAAAAGCUGCUGGACUUCAAGCUUCUGCUUAUCAUGCUGGAAUGACAGAUGCUCAGAGGCGAAAUGUUCAACAGGCAUGGAUACAAGAAGAUAAAUGUAAAAUUGUUUGCGCAACUAUUGCUUUUGGUAUGGGGAUAGAUAAACCAGAUGUUAGAUUUGUUAUUCACCAUUCUUUACCGAAAUCCAUUGAAGGUUAUUAUCAAGAGGCUGGACGUUCAGGGCGAGAUGGAUUACCCUCAACAUGUAUUCUUUAUUAUCAUUGGCAUGAUGUUGUCAGAUUACGAAAGUUAAUACAAGGCGAUGGAUCAUCUUCAAUGGUUAGAGGAACUCAUCAAUUUCAUGAAGAUGCACUUUAUCGUAUGGUUUCUUAUUGUGAAAAUCAAAUUGAUUGUCGUCGUAAACAAAUAUUAUCACAUUUUGGUGAAGCAUUCGAUCCGGCUACUUGUGGAACUAUAGUUGGCUGUUUGUGUGAUAAUUGUCAGUUAUCUGAUCGAAGACGUUUAGAACACAGAGAUGUAACGGAAGAUGCUAUUAAAAUAGUUCGUACAGUUGAAUUGUUUGUACGAUCACGACGCAAUGUAACAUUAAAUUAUCUUGUGGAUAUUUUUCGAGGAGCAAAAACCAGUCAAAUUCAAAAAAGUGGUGAUGAAUCAAAUCAAAUCUAUGGACAAGGAUCGGCGUAUUCAAAAACAGAUGCUGAGAGACUAUUUCAUCGCUUAGUUUCCGAACGUAUCUUGUAUGAAGAGUUGGCAGUUACUCAACUAGAUCAUGUUGUUGCCUAUGUUCGCCUUGGAUUCAAAUCAACAGGAUUAUUGAAUGGUUCUAUCAAAAUUACUUUACCAGUUUCUAUACCAAAUCGACCAGGACAAAAUGAAGUUAAUGUUGUGGGUCGCCCACCGGAAGAUCGAUACGCCAGUGUUCGUAAUCAAUGCUAUGAGGAAUUAGUUCAAGCAGCGAAACAACUUACGUCCACUCAAGGCAUCUCAAAUUACGCUACUGUAUUUCCAAAUGAAAUGUUAUUAGAAAUGGCUUCAAGUUUACCAGCUACUCGUGAAGAACUACUUCAAAUACCUCAGUGUACUGAUUACAAAUUGAAUUGUUUCAAUGCAGAAUCAUCAUUUUUAGAUAUUACUUUAAAUUAUCUUUCAAUUCUUGGUGCCUUGAAAGCUGAAGAGAAAGAACAAGAAGAAAUGAAUACUGUACAACAAUCGUUACCACUAGUCGGUAAAAGUCGAGGACGUAAUUUCGCUAAACGUGGUCGUGCUAAAGCUUACAGCACAAAAAAGACGUCAAAUGGUGGAGGUGAACGUAAACGAAAUUAUCUGUUUGGCAAAUAUCAAUUUAAGUCUAAUUCCAGUUCGUCAGUGUCAUCUGGUAGCACAGCAGGUUGGAAACGAAAAGCUCCGACAAAUACGUUCAAUUCAAACACAUUUCAACCGAAACUAAUGAAACUUUCUGUGAAGCGAAACUAAUCGGAUGCUUUUAUUAGCUUUUUGUAAAGUCACUUCAUUGUUUUUAUACACCUUUGUAUAUCAACAAAAUAGAAAUUUUUUAAAGAAAA